UCAUAACCUGCAUCUAUUUCAACCCGUACAGUGCCUAGGUGCUUUCAGGCGGUUGGUCUGAAGGUGUUAGGCGCCUAGAUAGUCCAUAGCCAGACCUCUUAUAACUCCGUAGCCUGCCUCACUAGAUGACUGCUAGGUUAUCAAGGCAAUCCGACGAUGACGAUAUAUAAUCCCCUGCGAGAUGCGUUAUACCGCGUGAGUGGCUCAGCAUGUAACGCCGAAUUUGCAAGGCAUAUCUUAGUGCGCAGAGAUUAUCAUGCCUUUCCUUUCCUUUCCUUUCCUUCCCUCCCCUUCCCUCCACUCCUCUCCUCUCAUAUCCUUUAUUAAAUCAUGGCAAUACCCAACCCAACCGAAAAUGAAAGUCAUUGAGAUGGCUGGUCACCCCAUCACCGAGUGACACCACCAUACUCUAUUAUCCAACAACCCUAUUGUUUCUUCAAUUGAAAUGGCAGAACCAUUAUCUAUCGCAGCUAGCAUUGCGGGCCUUAUCACUCUGACUGAUACAGUUGUCUUGCGACUGAUGAAAUAUGUCAGGUCUGUGAAGAAUGCUGCGAAAGAGGUCGAAGAGCUCGCCAAGGAGAUCAAUAUGCUGGGAGGCGCCUUGCACAGCCUAUCGACACUAGCACAGUGCUUCGGCGACGAGAAUGUGGACAACAGGGCAUUUCGGAUGUACCAUAUCGAGGCUUGCAACGAUAUCUUAGCAAGUAUUCAUAAGAAGCUGAAGAAGUUUGACAGCGACUCUUUGACGAAAAAGGCCAAGUGGCCAUUUUCGUCGACACGGGUGGCAGAAUUACUCGAUGAAUUAUCUAAACACAAACAAAGUGUCAAUCUUGCCCUCACUGCCAAGUCAAUGGACCUCCUCCUACGUUCGCUAGCCCGAGAAGAAGAUCUUCAGAAGACAGCAUCAGAACUCAAAGCCGAUGCCCAAAAAACUAAAGAAAUUGUUAGUCGUAUCGAUCGCAAUGAAGAACAAAGCAAAGUCCAGAGCGUUUUCCUGAAGUAUAAUCCACAACAAAACUAUGAGACGAGUCUCAAACUACGGCACCCGAGAACAGGGCUGUGGCUAAUACGACUCCCAAGUUUCCAGACUUGGCUUUCAACUCCGGACGAGAAACUUUGGCUGAGCGGAAUUCCCGGGGCAGGGAAGACAGUCUUAGCAGGCACGAUUAUUGAAGCCUCCCUGGGACAAUGCAAUGAAAGCGUAGCGGCUGCUUUCUUCUUCUGCGAUUACAAAGCCAAUAUAACCCAUUCGCCAGAAAAUAUCCUUGGUGCAUUAGCUUACCAAAUAGCUAUCCAAAAAGAAGAAGCAUAUCGGAUAUUGGAGCAAUAUCAUCGCGACCUCAAUCCCAUGAGCGGUUUACCCAGAAAUUGUACGACAGGUGGGCUUCAGAGAGUGAUAAGGGACAUGGUCAAAUUAUUUAAUCAUGUCUUCCUUACCGUGGAUGGGAUCGACGAAUGUGUUCAACAGGUUGAAGAAGUGCUCGAUGUACUCUGUGCUAUAUCGGAAGAUUCAGAUAAUAUAUCGAUGGCGUUACUAAGUCGCGACGAACACAACAUCAGGGACCGCCUCGAAGAUAAUUUUGUCUGCGAGAAAGUUGCUGCACACACAGAGGAUAUCACAGAGUAUGUGACGGCACGGAUUGAGGAGCGCAUGAGAAUAGGAAAGCUCCGUAUUGAUGACCUCAACCUUAAAGGGGAGAUCAUGCAAAGCUUGGUAGACGGUGCUGCAGGCAUGUUUCGAUGGGUUGCUUGUCAGUUAGAUCAUCUUGAACAAUGUGAUUCGGAUCAAGAGUGUCGAGAGGCCUUGAAAAAGUUACCUCCUAAUCUCAACGAAACAUACUUACGAAUUCUACAGCGAAUACCGACGAAUAAGAUGUCACUUGUCCAAUUGAUUCUACACUCCAUUGCCUUCGCAUAUCCGCCACUCAGUAUCCAACGGCUUAGGGAGCUGAUAUCAGACCCUGACACUAAAGGCUUCCUACAAUCAAGUGGACUUGUACGGGAAAAUUCAAUCCAGAGAUUAUGCAGUAGCUUAAUUCGAAAGUCAAAUGAUGGAGAGCGAUUUGAGUUUGCACAUUUCUCCGUCCAGGAAUUUCUUGAAAACGAGACAAUCCUCCAAGACCAAUUCCCCCAGUUUCUAAUAUCAAAAUCGCGGGGCAACAGACUGAUGGCAAUCCGAUGCUUGAAGUAUUUACAACUUGAAAAUUUCAACCAUACCCCUGAAGCUACGGAGGAAGGCUGGUCAUCCAGAGAGACAAAAAAUCGAAACAACUCGUUAUAUCCAUAUGCAGCAUUACGGUGGGAUUUCCAUGCUACCAAUGAGUGGGCUUGCGAAGAGUUAAUCCAAUUAGCGAAGAAAUUCUUUAGUCUCGAAAAGACGGCAUUCUUCAAUUCGUGGAUAGUCGAGUUUGUGGCCGGUUGGAUUGACCAGGACCCUAUCACGCAAGAUAGGAUCGAUAACUACAUCAAGAUCGCAACUCAAGUUAGUCACAAAUGCUUCACUCCAUUACAUGUGGCUUGCGCAAUGUCGCUUCCAGUAAUCUGCUCUUAUCUACUAGAAGAAGGCGCAGAUGUCAACCAAGAGAGUCCUAUCGGAACACCAAUGCAAUGCGCAGCUGGGUCUUUAUUAUCACUGAUGCCUGGCAAUGAUUUUAAAUUCCGAUCUAACGUUGGAAGGUAUGCGAACAAUAUAUUAAUAAUAGAAACUAUACGAUGUCUACUGGUAGCUGGAGCAGACCGAUUCCACGUCGCUUCAAGGUUUGGUCGAGAUAAAAGCCCGUUUGAACUCGCAGUGGAAGUCCUAGCUGAGACGGGAGACUUCUCGGUCGUAACACUGCUUCUUUCUGAGGGAUAUGCCUUGGAUCAGAUCACCUGCAGUUCUCCGACAUUCUCAACGUUAUCACGCUUUUUUGUGGAUCACAAUUCCAUUUCGGCAGUAAAAGAAUUUAUCACGACUUUGAACUUGAUGAUAGAUUUUUCGCCUUCUAAUCGAGAAAUUUGUUCGAAGCUAUGGGAGAUUGCAGUUUCGCGUAAAUUGAGUUUUACUUCUGACCCAUACUUAGUUGAUCCGAGCAUUUCUCUUUCGCCAGAUAUACAAAAACAACACUUGCUUCAAGCUGUUCAGGAUGGCGAUACGGCUAAAUUCGAAAGAAUCCAUAAAGCUUGCAACCUCGAUACAUCAGAUAUAUUUGAUAAAUGCGGCAAUGGGCUACUAUAUAAUGCACUACAAGCUACAGUAAACAACACCUUGAUGAUUGAAAAGCUCAUUGAGACUGGGUGCAGUUUUAUUCAGCCAAAUAUGGACGGGAGUCUACCUAUACAUGCGUGGCUUUGUCGCAUCCCAGGAUUUGGAGAAGAAUCUCCUUCUGACGACUUAGUUGAGGACUUGGUGAAGGUGCUCAUAAAUCAUAGCUUGACGGCUUGCUCUAGAGACGAUUUGGGGAGGAACAUCUUGCACUACGGUUGUAUUAAACCCUCUUUUCUUUCAGGCUUUCUUGAAUACGACAGCGAAGAAAAUAUCACUUGUGCACUACGUGCGAAAGAUAAAGACGGAUAUACUCCUCUGUCGACAGCGUUGGUACAAGGUGAUAGAAAAUCGGUAUCUUUGCUUUUCGAGCGAUGCAAGAGCGACCCAGAGACAUGGAAAGGUCCUACUCCAAUUCACGUGUUAGCAAUUCAAGGAGGCUUCGAAGAGACAUUCACGAAGAUAUACAACUUAGGAACAAUUUAUACCGAGAUCGAAGACGACAUCUUGACACCUCUUCACUAUGUUGGAACUAAAACAUCCAUCAAUUUCAUCCAGUAUCUUACUUCGAUAUACCCAAAUGCAUGCGAUGUCCGUGCCAAGGGUAAAAUUCCAUUAGAAGUUUAUCUUGAGGAAGUCUUUAACAACCAAAUAUCAGAUGACAACCAGACAUCGGAACAAAUCCUGUGCACAGAGGCAAUUUCGGCUCUAUAUCCUAAGCAAUCACAAGACAAUGAGAAGAGGUUAUGGGAAUACUUUAUGAAUGAUAUUAUUCAUCAUGCCAGGGUUGAUCACAUUGAUCGAUUUCGUAGAUUUAAGUAUUCGUCUGGCCCUAGCUCAUAUUUCAAUCGUUACGAUAAGAGGCAUGUGUUCACUAUUACAAUAAUAACGGAACUCAGCCGGUUGGGAUGUCUAAGUUCAUACGAAACUAUUUCUCAGAGAUCCGCACUCCUCGUGUUACUACAGAGCAUCGAAGGUGGCUUCAAAAAUGUCGAUGAUAUGUGGCCUCUCACAAGCCAGGUCAUUUGUGAUAUUAUAAAUCACACAAGCCGAUGGUCACAGAUUCAAACAUCGUCUUUGGUAAUACGUCUAUUAGUGGCAGCUGUUAGGAGCAUGAACUAUGAACUAGUGUCGCUAUUGUGUGAAAAGGGUGUCAGUGUCCAUCAGCGAGUGGACUGUCAUUCAGCAUUAGAAGUUGCUUGCGGUGUGAAUAUUAAAUAUGAGAUAUUUCUGCUUCUACUAAAUCACGCAGAUAAGGAUCGUCUAGACGAGACUAAUCUAGCAGACGGUGGACUCGGACUCAUCCACCGUCUCGCCGUCCCAAACGCAACUCGCAAGAUUGUCGAACUCUUGCAGAAAGGUGCGAACCCAAAUCUUCGUAUAGGAAUCGAUCAGAAUUCUCCCGCUCUCGUAUAUCAUCUAGGUAAAUACGAAGUUGAAUCCUCCAUCACCUUAUUGGAGAAUGGCGCAGACCCGACACAUGCCGAUAAGUACGGCUUCGACGCAUACCUAGAAGCAGCUUAUCAAGGUGCCACAGAUUUCCUUGAGGCUCUUUAUGAAACAGUCAGUUCGGUGUGGCAUAUUAAUUGGGAGAAAUUUGUUUGCGACCGUGACAUACAGGAUGGAAGAGAUUUAUAUCUGUACGGUUAUAAUGCCUUCCACUUGACUGCCGCUUCGGGGAACGUUGAGUGCUUGUCUUUCUACAUCGACCGCGGCAUUUUUUCCGAUGUCAAUUUGCCAACCUGCGAUGGUAUUACUCCCUUGCACAUUGCGGCUAGACGCGGACAUAUGGAUGCUAUUACAUUCCUCCAUAAAAACAAAGCCAACAUCAACGCUCGAACAGAGUCUGGUGAUUUGCCGUUGCAUUUUGCUGUCCAAACACAGCAAUUAGCUAUCGUCAAGGUCUUGUUAAGCCUUGGGAGCGACAACACAAUGAACAAAUCAGGAGCAACUCCAUUUAUACUUGCAUGUCAACUUGGAAGUCAGCCUAUUAUCAGUUCUUUCCAGACUCUAAGACGUCAAGACAUCCCACACGAGAGUAAUUCUCACGGUGGGAAUGCGAUUUUUUCUUCGACCAAGCAACAAUCAAGUCUCAAUCUGGGGUUAGAACAUGCCAUUAGAAAUGGAGACAUAACACUUUGCCAACGGCUACAUGAUCAAGGAUGCUGCCUGACUGCCAAUAUACCCAGCUGUAAUGGGUGUUCGCCUUUGCUUCUUGCGAUUCGGAAUGGAAAAAUUGAUAUUAUCAAAUGGCUGUUGUCUCACGGAGCAUCAACUCUGGAAACAACUUGUUCAAGAUGCAAAAUGUCUAGCCCUAUCUGCGAGAUACUAGAAACGGAAGAAUUUAAUGAAGUCCUGCCGCAGUUUCUUGAACGAUAUUUGAAUGACGGAGGAAACCUCGUUCGCGAAACCUACAGUCCCGUGUUUGCAGCAGUUAAAUACAAUAACUCUGAGGGGCUUCGAAUACUCCUAGAUCACCUCAAAAAGAAUGCACAGCACUACAGUGGGUUGAUAGGGGAAUCUGGGAAUACAGCGAUCUUAGCAGCCGUGAACAAACCUACAUAUCAUUCGGAGAAGCUACCACCCUUACAUGAAGCGGUUAUUAAUGGCAAUCUCGAGGCUGUAAGAUGUCUCCUAGAAAACGGUGCUGAUGUAAAUGUUUCGACGGAGUCUCUUACCAGGCCAUUACAUGAAGCAGCUUCUUCAGGUGUGCCGGACAUAGAAACAAUCAUGGAAGUUCUAAUGAGCUAUGGUGCUCAUAUAGAAUGCCGCAAUGGUUUUGGAGAGACUCCUUUGAUGAGUGCUUGUGGGGAAGGCCAUUGGGACUUGGCGAAGCUUCUACUAGAUAUCGGCGCUGACCCCCAAGUCCUGGACUAUCAGUCAAAUAACCUAUUACGGGAGCUAGUGGUCCAUAGCUCAGAAUUUGAAAUUCGACAGCUAUUCAUCAACCUUCGGGACCUAGGGGUUGACCCACAUCACCAAAAUAUUGAUGGGGUUUCAGCUAUGCAUCUGGCUAUACGCUACGACUACUUUACUAGCUACAUCUUAAAUGAUGAUAGUUAUGAAGUUCAGGAGAUGGCUCCAUUUCCAUGGGAUCAAUAUCUACCAGACGAGGAGGAUACAUCCUGGCUCACAUCGUCGUUUUCGAUGUUUCGAAGAAAAGUCCCCGCCGAUAAAUUAUUAAGGAUCGCAAACCCUGAACCUAGCCGUGGCCAUAGUCCACUUUGCGUGUCUGCACAUUUGGGACUUUUAGAGAUAAUGGCAAACCUCCUUUUUCUGGGGGCAAAGCUGGAGUUCGAAGGUUGUCCAGAAGGCACCGCUCUUAUGGCUGCAUGCUAUGCCGGAACAUCUGAAUCAGUUAAGUUCCUUGUGCGCCGAGGUGCGGUUCUAUCAUACCACGGGCCGAAUGGGUUUCGAACCGCCUUUGACAAGAAAAGGACUCCUGAGCGUAUUCUCCAGUGGUUAUUAGUCACGAGGUUUACUGAUCAGGCCAAGAUCGAGAAAGCAUCCGAUAACGACCUGCCCACCGAGCCAGUCGUUCUUAGAUCUUUGAGCAGGCCCAUCAAAGCUGAGAUGGUCAUCAGCGGGUAUCUUGAGAGGGAUUCAGACAUGUCGGCUGAAGAGUAUUGGAUUUUUCUUAUGGGGGAAAAAAAGAGACUAAGAGGGCAAUUUAUCCCAUUAGUUGAUAGGCGAAGAACGGUACAUCCAUUGAGAUUGAUUCCGUUGGAACCGGUUCGUAUACAUCCGGACGGCUAUGAGAUCUCUAAGGCUACAGGCGUUUCCGGGGUGUAAGGACUGCUAGCAUAUAGGAGUUAGGGAAAUGGUCGUUGUUUCUUUUUCACUUCUCACUGGCGUUUAGUAGGUACAUGGAGUUUGAUACGAAGCUGGAUAUUCAAUUUGGCGAUGUUUCUGAACACUCGCCGUCAACGUACCCAGUAAUCGGGGUUUUGCUAUUUAGGAAUAACGAUGAACGAUGAUUAUGAUUAUUUCAGUACAUAAGCAUCGGGUUAUAGAAGUUUCAUGGCAUGAUUUAUGUUGAUCUUUCCUACAUCGAAAGAAGCCUGUGAGACGCUGAUACUUCAUGACAUCAAUACACUAUGAGAACCACC